AUAUAUUUUCCAAUGUUUCUCUGGGUUUUAGGAGUAUUAGUGCAAAUUUUCUCAAAUAGCAAUGAGAAUUACCUACAGUGCAAAGUCAGUGCCUGCAAAGGAGUGAAAAGUUAUCUGCAACUUAACCUAGAAGAAAGAUGAAAAGAUAGACCAGAAAAUAAGUAAAUAACAACUUGCUUUAGGCACAUUUUAAGGACCCACCAAACCAUUUUCCAGGAUAAGCCAUCCAUGAUGAAAAGACGAGGACCACCUGUGCAAAAGUCCAUGAUGGACUUUUUCUCAAAGAAAAGUAAAAACAGAAACAGCCUGGAUCCACAGCCAUCUGUCCCAGCCUGUGAUCCUCCGAGCACCCCUUCUCCUACUCCUGGACCAGAGAUGCCCACAGCAACAGCAGGAGCCUAUGCAGAGGAGGAUCGCCCCUUGGCCCUGGAGUCUCCUGUGACGGGUCCUGGCCCUGGAACCUCAUCCUUCACGCCAUCUGAAAAUCAGUCAGCAGGCUCUCCAGACCAGAGUGGUGGCGAUUCAGAGGACAUUGUUGGAAUCCCAGAUGAUAGGCCUGUUCUGCCUCCGAAUGACUUCGGUUUUUUUAUCGCAAAGAAAACCAGCGAUGAAGAAAAGCUAGAAGGACUGACCAAACGAUGGUGUCCCUCCGAGAAAAGUCAGUUCCCUGUUUCGUAUCACACAAAGAAUGGGGUGUCCCGGCCGAGGUAUCUUCUCCGGCAUCACUUGGAUACAUACAAGUGGCUGGCUGUAUCCAGAAAGGGGAACUUAUCUGGUGCAUGGUGUAGUGUUUGUGUGCUUUUUGGCGAAACUCUUGAUGAAGGCGAAGGUGCACGUGGAGGUAAAGGCAGGUCGAAAGGCAAGCUGGUGAGCCGCCCCCUUGUCGACUUUUCUGACUUGACCGGCAAGAAUGGUGCUCUGGUUUCGCAUGCCCAGUCAGCAUCCCACCAGGCCAAUGCUGCAAAGGCUGCCAGCUUUACGAUCGCAAUGAAGGAUCCAAAGAAAAGCAUCGAUGCAGUGAUGGACACAGCGAGCGAGCGCGAGGUCAGGCGUAACAGGGCAGUACUGACGUCAAUCAUCGAAACGCUCAAGUUUGCUGUGACGCAAAACAUAUCACUGCGAGGCCACCGUGACGAUGGGCGAAUUGAUGGGAGUGGUACUCAGCCAGCCGAAAACGAUGGAAACUUUAAAGGGCUGCUCCGAUUUAGGCUUCAGAGUGGCGACGAAGUACUGAAAAGGCACCUGCAAGAUGGUUCUGGUAACGCGCUUUACACGAGCAAAACAGUCCAGAAUGAGCUCCUCGACGUCCUCAGGACUUUGGUGCAGGAACGUGUGACAAACAAGGUGCAAAAGGCUCAAGUAUGGGCGUUGAUGGCUGAUGACACUACAGACAUUUCAAACAGAGAGCAGAUGGCUGUGGUGGCUCGAUAUGUAGACGAAAAUGAGAGUGGCCAACUCGUAAUUCGGGAAGACCCUGUCGCUCUUCUGGAUGUGAUGGACGUCAUUCGGCGGUCCGCGAACGGCCCAGAGCUGAAGAUGUCGGGGAAGAACCUCGCAGAAGCGCUGCUAGGCAGUAUCCGCAAGCUGGGCCUGGACACUUCUCGCCUUGUAGCCCAAUGCUACGACGGCGCGGCUGCUAUGUCGAGUGAGCGGGUGGGCGUGGUGGCACAAGUGAAGGAAGCCGCACCACUGGCAGAGUAUUUCCACUGUGCGUCUCAUGCAUUGAAUCUAUCGACGUCACUCAUCAACAAAGUGGAUUUGGUAAGAAAUGCCUUGGGGACAAUGGAGACUGUCGUCGUUUUUCUAACAGAUGGUGCAAAGCGGGGCGAAAUCCUGCGCUACGCACAGUCAUCAAAGAUGGACGGCGAUAAGAGGCUCAAGCUGAUCAAACUGUGCCAAACACGGUUUGUCGAAAGGCAUCUCGCUGUGGAGCGUUUCUUGGAACAGCUCAGCGCUAUCCACCUGGCACUGGAGCAGAUCGCCACGUGGCAAGAUCGGCGCUCCAGUUCGAAGGCCACGGCGCUUCUGAGUGCCAUCUCGAGGACCGAAUUCCUGGUAGGUCUGGUCGUAGUUGAACGGUUGGCCGGCAUCCUUCGGCCAUUGGCUCUGGCACUUCAGGAUAAGCAGCUGGACCUCACUAAAGCCCUACAGUUGGUAGAUGCGGUGAAGUCCGUGCUGACGGAGCAGAGAGCCUCCAGUGAAAAGGAAUUCGCUGUGUUGAUGCGGACGGUGGAAUGCGCUGCAGAGAAGCUGAGUGUAGAGGUGAGGAAGCCGCGUCUGCCAGAAAAGUCCGUCUACCGGGGAAAUGCAGGCAGGGAUCUCUCCACAGAAGCCUACUACCAGAUCACGGUCUUCAAUCCUGCCGUGGAUCUCGUCCUGCAAGACAUCAACCUGCGCUUCGGCAAGCACACGCAGCUGACCGCGAGCCUCAGCAAACUCCUGCCAAAGAAAACAGUUUCUACGGAGUGGUCUGACGUGGAGCCAGCCUACGAGCAGUUUAAAGGUCUCCUAGGAUCAGUAACUGACUCGCAGGUGAAAGCCGAGUUCAGCGUGUGGAAAGCCAUGUGGCGUGAUAAACCCAAGGAAGAAGUUCCGACGACUGCUAUCAGUUCCCUCAACGCGUGCCCGGCUGAAAUCUUUCCAAACGUACAUAUGCUUCUAAAGGUACUCAGCGUGCUACCAGUAACAACCGCAGAAGCCGAGCGCGUGUUUUCCAAGGUAGCUAGGACACUGACAGCGCUCAAAACGACCAUGACCGAGGGUCGGCUCGAGGCGCUCGUUCUGCUUCAGGUACAUCGGGACCACAUGCCGGCGACCAGCGAGGUCAUCAACCGCUUCGCUGCGUCUGCCUGUCGCCGUCGGGAGUUCCGAUUGCGCCUGUAGCGCGACGCGAUCCUGAUCCUGCGCGAUGUGGCCCUGACCCUGCGCGAUGUGAUCCUCGACUGCUCAAUGUUAUCCUCAUCCUGUGCGAUGUGAUAUUGAAAGGCUGACCAUAUAUGUAUGUACAUACAUAAUAUACAUUCGGUUCUGCGCCAGACGUGUCAACUGUCAUCACUAUCAGAUGUC